GUUAGGGGUAGAAAGUUAAAAACUCUUGCGACGAGGUGCACCGAUGCUUCGACAAAUUUUGCCUUCUCAAUCUCCCUCGCGCCUCCGUUCCAUUGUUUCGUCAAUGUGCCAAAGAUGCAGAUUCGAUGAUGCUGCCUGACCCGAAAUAGCGAGGUGUAUACAUAGGAAAUGCAAAAGGUUACAGGAUUGCUCACCUUCUUCUCUUACGUUGUCUGGGUUCUAUUCCCUUCUUCGUUCUUUAUUUGCUGAUUGUCUGAUUCUAAGCGUCAUAUUUGGGAAAAUUUGAGGAAUUAUGCUAGUUGCCGGGUUGAUUGGAGCUGACUACUCGUCUAUUUAGUGAGUUUCUUACCAUCAUCAUUCAUGCUAACUUUUCUGUUGGCAAGAUUAUCUUCGUCACUGCCGUGUUGGAGGACAGCCCAGUUAGGGUUUCUUCAUCGCAAUGCAUCCCACAUUUCCUGUUCGUUUUAUUCGGUUGCGCAAUUAUCUCAGUCAAGUCGACCAGAACAAAGUAGAGAUGGGGAUCUUUCGUUUACGCAAUCUUACCUCAUGAACUCAUGUGGCAUGUCUGCCAAAGUUGCUGGUAAAGUAUCUGAGAGGAUUGAAUUGAAGGACCCAUAUCAACCGGAUUCGGUACUUAAUAUUCUGAGAAGCUACGGAUUCUCAGAUCCACAGAUAUCCAAGAUUGUGACGUGCUAUCCACGGGUGCUUUUGGCCAAUCCUGAGCACAAUCUUUUGCCCAGGCUAAGGUUUAUGCAGUCUGUGGGGUUCUCAGCUGCUGAAAUCCCAGAACUCUUCUCGUAUAACACUGCAUUAGUGUUAUAUAGCUUAGAGAAACGUAUAAUUCCCCACUAUGAGGCCCUUAAAAGUGUGCUUUAUGAUGAUUGGAAAGUGAGGAGAUGUCUAAAAUGCUCUACUUGGAGUAUUUGCUCCUAUGAUGUAAAAAAUAUCGGCCCAAACAUAAAGGUUUUAAGAGAUGAAGGAGUGCCUCAAUCUUUGGUCUUUUCCCUGUUAUCUAGACGUGCAAAUGUAGCAUUCAUGAAUCAAUCAAUUUUUGCAGAAUAUGUCAAGUUUGUCAAGGAAACAGGAGUCGAACCUUUCAAGAUUGGGUUUGUUGAAGCACUUAUAGUUGUAGCUCAGUUGCGUAAAUCAACCUGGGAGUCGAAACUGGGUAUCUUUAAGAGAUUUGGCUGGUCCCAAGGUGUCACACUCAUGGCAUUUAGUAAGGUUCCAAAUAUCAUGGCUAUGUCAGAGAAAAAGAUCUCAGACGCAAUGAAGUUUUUCAUAGAUGAAGUGGGUUUGCGGUUGGAAGAUAUAGCUGGACGACCGAAUAUUCUUAGGCAUCUUGGUUCUGAAGGACCUUAAAUCCUCAAAUUAUUGAAGAGGCUUAUGUGAACCUAAUUUUUGGUUCACAAGG